AUGGAAGGGGCGUUUUUAGCCCAAUUCCAGUCCGGAGGGAAAAAGCAAUUAGGUGUAAGUUAUUUCAGACAAACUGAAGCUCACCCAGGGCGGCAGCACGCGACAAAUAAUCCAAGUCUUGGUAUGAGGUGGUUUCCAGCUCUCUCCCUCCUGCUCCCCUUUGCAUUGGGGGGAGCAGCAGAAGACGAGGAACUCCGAGAAGCAUCAUCGGAUCCACACUUGGAGGGGGAACAGUGUUUUCCACGAUACAAACCUCCUCGUUCCGUCUCUUCCCCAUCGCUGGAAACUUGCCUGCCGUCCCCUUUCUGCAACAAGUACACUCGUUCAAUACUUUUCCCCUCGCUCUCUCCUCGCUGUGGAAGAAAGAAGUUUGAUUUUUGUAGGAAACGAAAGGGAUUUUUGGUUUGUGUCGUGCCCUCCGGGGUCAACGCCUCGUCAACUCCACUAUCGUCUGCACCUCCAGCCUGGAAUAGCGAACCGGCAUGGAAACUGCCCGAGUGGGGUGAGCCGGUGAUCGUGGCGAGCAUCCUAUUCUUCGCGUGUUUCCACACUCGACGACGAAGGUAUAAUAUCCUCAACAAUCCAAAAUCCGACUACCGCUCCCUCCUGGAAAACAAUGGCUCCGGCGAAUUCUCCCCAUCUCCCUCGCGCAGUUCUAUGGAUGGUCGGUCAUCGGAUGACGAAGAUGAAGAUCUCACGGUCCUCAGCACAUCCAAACACCCCCCUAAAACCCGUUCCUGCUGCUGUCUUCGUAUACUGACUCCCAAUUCGUCCCGUUUCUCAAACAACUGGCACUCCCGAAUUAUGUACAAGUUCCCGUUCCUAAUGGAAAUGUUCUACUGGAUUAUUACCUAUGCUAUAUAUCGAGUUUCGCAUAUUCUCUCGCAAGAGUUGUUCUCGGACGAUAUCUGGGGCACGGCGCAGGAAAAUGGCUUAAGUGUUUUGAAUGCGGAGCAGUACUCGUUACUGCGCUUCUUUUUCCCGGUUAAGGAGAUUGAUGUGCAAAAAUGGUUUAUGGAUGGACAUCAGGAAUUGUUGACUUUCUUGAAUAAGACUUAUGCGUUGAUUCACAUUCCUGGGAGUGUAUUUUUCAUUGCAUGGUACUACUACUCCGCUCCGAGUCAUGCUAUCUUUGCUGUCGUACGGCGUACCGUAACACUGUGCAAUUGGAUGGCCUUCAUCAUAUUUGCCUUCUUUCCAUGUAUGCCGCCCCGUCUACUCCCGCCGGAAUACGGCUUCAUCGACACUGUCCGCCGCGAUGAUGCCGAGUCGGUAUGGAUGUCCGGUAAAUUUGUGAACCACCUUGCUGCCAUGCCGAGUAUGCACUUUGGCUACAGCUUCAUGAUUGGCGUGACACUAGUGUACCACUCUGGCGUACUCAGCUUCAUGGGAUUGGGAUACGGAGGACGUAAAGGGAAAGUUCUGCAAACUGGCGUUGGCAAAUGGUGGAGGAUUUGGUACUGCGUGCUCGGGAUUUCAUACCCAACCAUGAUUUUGACUACCAUUAUCGCUACAGCUAAUCAUUAUUGGUUGGAUGCCUGCGCUGGAGCACUCGUUGCCGCAAUCGCCUUCCUGUGCAACCGUGUGUUCCUAGUAUUCGUACCGCUGGAGGACCUCCUCCUCUGGGCUCUCCGCCUGGAAAAGCCUAAGCCGAAUUGUGGACAGCAUGCUCAUUAAUUAUACCCCAUCUCCCUGAGGUAAUGGUGUUCUUAUAAGAAACGAAGUAGCAGGUGGCUUUUUUUCUUUCUCUCUAAACCGGAGUUUUUGAGACUAUUCUUUAUCAUUUUGUGCAUUUUUUUCUUAAAAAAAGAAACCAUUUCUUUAUUGCCGGUCGGUUUGGCUUGGCUUGGGUUUUCCCUGUAGAGGGAGGCAGGAGCGGCUUGUCUGAAGGGGGGAGGAUGGCUGGGGGUGGGACAGACAUAUAUACCCUUGUGGUCUUUUGGAAUGGUCUACAAUUUUGGUUGUAGGAAGUGGAGAAGGAAAGAGGAAGAUUGUACCUAGACUAAUAUUGAAGUUUUGAUACCCA